UAAAAACGGGGUACUUAAGUCUUUUUUUUAUACUCAUCAAUACACUUGAUUUUCCUUUCAGUACAAGGAGAACCUACAUUUGAAAUUUGGGAAACAUCUUUGACGUGCUUCUUUAGAAAUAGUGAUAACCAACUUCACCGGUCAAAAUUCAAGAUGGCUGCCUGGUGGCCUUCUUGUUUUUCCAAUCAGUUUCAAAAUGUAACAUGCACAACAAAGGACCGAGGGGAAUCUAUCAAUAAAAUUUGAGAGAGAUACAUCUUGUACUUGUUGAGAAAUAGCGAUAGGGAGAAUUGUUCAGGCGGACAACAAACCAUGGACAAUAUUGGUGAUGGUAGGCAAAAAGGCAGGGAAAAUGUUCCUAAUGUUGGCCUCAUGUUGAAUGGUGGACCAGUCAGAAUGAAGCAAUCUUAUUAACUGUGUACAGACGGAAAUGUGUAAAAGUCAAAAUGGCCACACAACCAAGUUCCCCACCACCAGCAACACCUAGAAAGAAGGAAGACUCCUUUCUGGAUAAAAUUGGUACAUUGGGAAGGAAAAAGAAGGCGAAAGAAGUAAGUGAACUCCAAGAGGAGGGUAAAAAUGCCAUUGAAUCACCUACCAGUCCCACAUUUGCUGAUAUUGGACCAGAAGGAUAUAGCAUGGAUGACAAUGAAGAAAGAUCCAUGAUUGAGCCGCAGUCAAGAGAGGAUUCAAAAGUUAAAGAAUUAGUUAAGAUGCUUUUGGAAUGGAUCAAUGAUGUGUUGGCAGAUGACAGAAUUAUUGUCAAAGAUAUUGAGGAAGAUCUCUUUGAUGGACAGAUUCUGCAAAAGUUAAUUGAGAAGCUAGCUGGGAUCAGGGUAAAGGUGCCAGAGGUGACCCAGUCAGAGCAGGCCCAGAAACAGAAGCUCUGGAUUGUACUGGAUGUCAUCAAUGAGAAAUUACAGCUGCCUCCUGCCUGGAGUCAAUCCAAGUGGAGCAUAGACAGUAUUCACUCGAAGAACUUAGUAGCUAUUUUGCAUCUGUUGGUGAGCCUAGCUCGUCACUUCAGGGCACCAAUCCGACUACCUGAAAAUGUCUGUAUCACACUGAUGGUUGUACAGAAACGAGAUGGUAGACUGUUCCCCAGACAGGUGACAGAAGAAAUAACAACUAUUAAUGAGGAUAUUGGGGCAAGGUUUGAGCGAGAUGCCUUUGAUACACUCUUUGACCAUGCACCAGAUAAGCUUAACUUAGUGAAAAAAACUCUGGUGACCUUUGUCAAUAAACAGAUGCUGAAGAUAAAUCUUGAAGUAACCGACCUCGACCAGCAGUUUCAUGAUGGCGUGUACCUGGUCCUCCUGAUGGGGCUGCUGGAGGGAUACUUUGUACCCCUGUACGACUUCCAUCUCACCCCUACCAGCUUUGAAGAAAAGGUUCAUAAUGUCAACUUUGCCUUUGAACUGAUGCAAGAUGGUGGACUUCCGAAGCCCAAAGCCCGACCAGAAGAUGUCGUCAACCAAGAUCUGAAAUCUACUCUCCGUGUGCUCUACAACAUCUUUACCAAAUACAAAGGUCAAGCACCGUGACAUGGUCACAUUGUGUAUGUGCAAUCAGCUGCAAGAACAACACCACACUGCCAAGAGAAUCCCAACAAGCCACAGCGCCUGAAUCAGUGUUAAACAUUGGAGGUCAUUUGUAUGCUUACCCUAUUUAUUAUGUACUCUUCAAAAACAUUUUACAGUAUAUUUCAUAUACAAUGUUAUAGUUGCAUUAAAAGCUUUACAAUAUACUUUUGUUUUAAUUCUGCAACAUCCAAUGUGUACUUUCACAAGAGAUGUCCCAAUGGUACCUUCAUAUUGUAAUACUCACUGAUCGUCUUGUUCCCUUUGUACAGUUUUCUUAGCUUAUUGAUAAGUUACUUUAAUAUGAUUUUGAAUGACCAAUUGAAAACAGCCAACACUUCAAUUAGACAUUUUAAUUGAUUUUUGAUGCAUUAUUAGGUCACCUGAGCUUUGCUCAAGUGACCUAUUCUAAUCGCUUUUCGU